UGGAGCAGAAACAGCAGCUAUGCCCCCAAUUCAGCGUUCUGUGUCCUUUGAGGAAGUAGCCAUGAGUUUCACAGAGGAGGAAUGGGCCCUGCUGGAUUGUUGUCAAAGAGCCUUGCAUAGGGAAGUCAUGUUGGAGAAUUCUCAGAACGUGGCUGCUUUGGGAGAGAAACCUUACAAAUGCUUUGAAUGUGGAAAGUGCUUCAGCAGCAGUAGUUAUCUCAUUUCUCAUAAGAGGAUCCACACUGGAGAGAAACUGUAUCAAUGUUUUGAGUGUGGAAAGAGGCUUAGCAGCAGCAGCUACCUAAUUUCUCAUAAAAGGAUCCACACUGGAGAGAAACCAUACGAAUGCACCGAGUGCGGAAAGAGUUUUAGUCAGAACAGUAGUUUUAUACAGCACCGAAGAAUUCACACAGGAGAGAAACCGUAUAAGUGUGCGGAAUGUGAAAAGAGUUUCAGCAGAAAGAGUCUACUUACUCACCACAAAAGGAUCCACACGGGGGAGAAACCGUAUCGGUGCAUGGAAUGUGGAAAGAGCUUUAGACUAAAAAGUACUCUUACAUCCCAUCAAAGGAUCCACACAGGGGAGAAACCAUACAUAUGUGUGGUAUGUGGGAAAAGGUUUCGCGAGAGAAGUAGCUUUAUGAAACAUAAAAGAAUCCACACGGGGGAAAAACCAUACCAGUGCACAGAGUGUGGAAAGAGCUUUAUUCAGAAAGGAGAACUUACUUCCCAUCGAAGGAUCCAUACUGGGGAGAAACCGUAUCAAUGCACGGAGUGUGGAAAGAGCUUUAGUCAGAACAGUAGCUUUAUACAACAUAAAAGAAUACACACAGGGGAGAAGCCUUACAACUGUAUGGACUGCGGAAAGAGCUUUAGUCGAAACAGUAAUUUUAUACAACAUAAAAGAAUUCACACCGGGGAUAAACCAUACCAGUGCGUGGAGUGUGGAAAAAGCUUUAUUCAGAAAGGAGAACUAACUUCACAUCGAAGGAUUCAUACAGGAGAGAGACCAUAUGAAUGCACACAGUGUGGAAAGAGUUUCAGUAGGAGCAGCAAUCUUACUUGCCAUCAAAGGAUCCACACAGGGGAGAAGCCAUAUAAAUGUGGAGAGUGUGGAAAGAGCUUCAUUCAGAGCAGAGAUCUUUCUUCCCAUCAGAGAAUGCACACUGGGGAGAAACCGUACAAAUGUCCAGUGUGUGGAAAGAGUUUCAGUAUGAACAGCACUCUUACUUCCCAUCAAAGAACACACACAGGAGAGAAACCAUUUAAAUGCUUAGUGUGUGGAAAGAGUUUUAGCACAAACAGUACUCUUACUUCCCAUCAAAGGGUCCAUACAGGGGAGAAACCAUAUAAAUGUCCUGUUUGUGAAAAGAGCUUUAGUAUGAACAGUACUCUUACUUCUCAUCUAAGGAUCCACACUGGGGAAAAACCAUAUAUGUGUGUGAUUUGUGGAAAGACGUUCCGCGAGAGCACCAGCCUUAUGAAACAUAAAAGAAUACAUACAGGAGAGAAACCAUAUAGAUGUAUAGAGUGUGGAAAGAGCUUUAGUCAAAACAGGCACCUUACAACCCAUAAAAGGAUUCACAUGGGAAUAACCAUAUAAUUGCACAGGGUCUGAAAAUGCUCCAUCUUGAGAGGCAGAUAAGAAUCUGGACAACAGGAAAAAGCUUCAGUAUCAAUGGGCACCUUAUUUUUCCACUUCAUGAGACUUACAUGGAGGAAAUUCAAUCAAAGUAGAAUAGUUUUCUUUGAACUGAGGCAGUGAAGCAAAAGCUAAAUGUCAAUUUGAUUUCAUUCAGUUGCCAAAAUUAACAAUCAUAGUUGAGUUAGAUUAAUUAAACCGAGGCGCUAUGAAUUCUUCCCAAUCAUGCACUUCCACUUCUGUCACAUUAAAAUGUACUAUUCAAGGAGAGCUUUUCAAGGUUGUGCACAGAUCUAUGCUUCUAAAAUUUGGAGUUAAUUCAAUCAUCCUGGUUAAUUAUAAAAGAUAAUGCACUAUUUCUCUUAGUACAUAAUUGCUCAGAAAUCCCUAAAAAAAUUUAAACAUUUGAUUUAGUCCUGAUAACUAUAAGAAAAAUAAGAGUUUUCAACAGGUCAUUUUCAAAUUAGGUCAUUUUGGCAGGUCAUUUUCAAAUUAGAAGCCUGUUAGCUAUUUAUUUUAAAAUUAUAACAUUGUUAUUCCUAUGUCUUGCUGCACUGUGCACUGUAUACAACUUUUGUCUAUGACAAGAAAUAAA